GCUGAUUAUGCCGCGGCCUAGCUGGCUUGCGCGUGCUCGGCCAGCCGUGCCUUAGAGUGCAAACAAAAUAGCGUAUCCGACUCAUUCGCAAGUCUUUUCCUGGCAUCGACGCAAGCGAUUGCUCUCCGUGGUCGCAAAGGGACCUUCACACGCUAAUCCCCACAGCUGCGGAUCCACCCUUUCUGCCAGCCAUGUGGCGCGCGGCACUCGUCGUCGGCGCCGCGACGAAUGCAUUCCUCGCACCGAUUCCAAACCAAAAACACAUCCUGCGCGCCGAGCCGCGCUGGGUCGACGGCCCGACGGACAUCGGCGAGGCCGGCGCGAUGAGCCGCCAUAUUGGAGGAGCCGUCUGCGUGUUGUAUUUCAACCCCAUGGGCGAGGGCGGCGCCGCGGCGUUAUCGACCGUCGAGUUCGCGGGCCAAGCCCUGCCGCAGUGCGAGUUUCUGCUGGCGUCACAGGACAGAGAUAAAGAGUGCUGGGGCGCGUUCGAUGCUUUACCGGAGGGCCAGGCCCUGCCCUGCGUCGAGGUUUUCGACGGAGGCGUCUCGCAGGGCAUCGUCGCCGCCGGCGACCUCAUCGCGACAUUAGCAUCACUAGGGUACAAGCCCGGUGGAGGCGCGGCGCCGUCACAAGGUUCGGUCGACUCGGAUCAAUUCUUCAACCUCGCUGAUGAUUUAUGGUGGCGUUCAGCUGAAUCUAGAAAUCAACCUAGACCGAAGACGCCGCCGCCGACGAACCGCCGGCAGGAGCAGCGCCAGCAGGCGGGCAUGAAGCCGCCGCGGACGACGGCGCGCUUCUUCCCCGGCGCCGGCAUGGGCCAGGCGCCGCCGCCGGGCAUGGGCGACGAGAUCAAGAGGCAGCAGGACCUCGAGAAGCAGCUCGGCGGUGCGUUACCGCCGGGCGGGCGGGUGGUGGAGGGCGACGAUGGUCAGAGGAAGCCGCCGCCGAAGAAGCCCGAGGGCCCCGACCCCAUCAAGGACCUCAAGAAGAAGAUGGACGGGUUUGCUAGAGAAUUAGGGAAGGACACGGAGGCCGUCCGGAAGAAGCUGAGCGAGCAGGCCAUGGAGGCCCAGGUCAGUGCCCAGAAGGCGGCCGACGACGCGGUCCGCGCCGCUGGGGGAGAAACGAAGCGCGACAAGCUCGAAAGGUUGUUCGCUUCCGACGCCGAGGAGGUGCCGACGGACGAGAACCUGUCCGAGUUCGAGCGCUUCCUGGAGAACCGGAGGAAGGGCGGGACGGACGCGGACUUCUACGCCUCGAAAGAGAAGGCGAAGAAAGACUCGGACGACGACGACUGGUUGGGCGCGAUCAAGUACAAGCCGCCGCCUAAGUGAGAGGUAUACUAUGUAA